AUGGACACAAAACAAGCUACUCUUCAUUUAAAUUAUGAAAUUCAAAAACCAGGAUAUAGAGGAUAUGAUCGUCGACAUUUUCCCGAACAUUUAACAACAAGCGUAUCAGUUUAUAAACCACGAGGUCGUCAACGAAUAAAUUCACCAGAGUUAGAAGAUGUCAAAUGGAUUCCACAUGGUCGACACAUUGAACCAAAAUAUUCAGAUAUUGGUCCAGAUUGGCGUUCUCGUCUUCGAUAUAUUCCUGCACCACGAAAUCCUAAUACAAAACCAACAUAUCCAGUUAGUCUAUUAGAACAAAAUUUACAUUAUAUUCGCUCUUAUCCACAAAAUUGGCAACAAACAACAAACGAAUGGAAAUAUUUCUCUGAUUCAUAUCGAGAUUCAUCAAAACGUAAUUUAUUCAGUAACAUUCAUUUGCGUUCAAUAGAAGAUUUAGGCGAUAGAGACUUGAAAAAAAUGAUUGGACAAAAAAGACGAGUUUUCGAUUGUCGAAAUGGUUUAAGUCAAUCGACAAAUGGCGAUAAAAGUUAUCGUUUUGUUGAACAAUCACCUGAUUUUUAUAAAUUCGGUUGUACACUGCCUGCCGUACAAUUUGGUCGAACAAAAUCGGCAAGAGAAUCAACAUGUGUUCUGUUAAAUCAAACAGGAAUAAACGAUAAUGAAACAUUUCAAGAAAAACAACUAAGACGAGAAGAAACAAAUUUGAUUGAAGAAGUGAAACAACUUGAUUCAUGGAAACCGAGUGAUGGUGUUACAGCGGCUUUUAAAGUAUUCGAUGCUGAUCAAAAUGACAAAAAUCUAAAAUAUCGACCUCGAGUGAGAUGA